AUGGCGCACCGCCCGCCCAAGCGGCUAGGGAGCCAACAAACUCUCUACGGAUUUUUCGCGAAGCGAACUUGCGCUUCGUCAGCUGCUCAGCCGAGCGAUCCUUCUUUGGAGGAGAAUUCGGACCACCGCGAAGAUCCUGAGAUCGAGGUCUGCUCAGGCUGUGAUCUUCCCCAAAUGGAAUUAUCCGAAGUAGAUUCUGACGACGAUGGUGGGACUGUCAGUAGUAGUGAUGCGAGUCAGGAGCGUUUACCUGUUCAAACAAUCCCAGAUGACGACGUUGUGACUGUCACGAAUGUGGCUGGUGGCAGUGCUACGCAGCGAAGUUACUCAGAUGCUGUUGCUGCAGCUAUUGGCGGUGCAUCUCUCAGCGAUGCAGAAAAGCGCAACAUACUUGGGAUCCAGAAGCCUGAUAAGCAGACGGUGUUGCCAUCUAGGGAUUAUCCCGACAGCCGCCGAAAGACCGGAUCAACCAGAGGUGAAUACUUCAUCAGCAAGGUACAUAGUGACUUCAAGCACACGUGCGGUGAAGCAGCGGACCACGAGGCCGUCCAGUACCAUAAGGAUGCCGUUGCCAGAAUGAUUGCCUUCCUGGCAACUGACACACGGCGAUCAACGAGAGUGGACUUCAUGCAGUCCCACGCUGCAGCAGAACGGAUUGCAGCUAACAGAGGCAUUCUCAGAUCUGUUCUGCGAUGUCUGGAUUUUGCGGCUCGUCAGGGUCUCGCACUACGGGGUCACCGCGAUGAUUUUGGAGUGCAUGAUAAUCCACAAGGCAAUUUCCUGGCCCUUGUCAACUUCGCCGUUCAGUCAGGAAACUCUGUUCUGAAGGAACACCUGGAUCGCUGUGCAAAGAAUGCAACGUACAUGUCCAAGACGACUAAGAACGAGCUCCUUGCGUGCAUGGCCGAAGAACUGCUCGCUACGAUUGUUACAGACGUGAAAGCCAGCCACUACUUCGCCAUACAAGCCGACGAGGUCUCGGACGUUAGUGGCUGGGAGCAGCUUGGCCUCUCGCUACGGUAUGUCAAGGACAACACGCCCGUCGAGAAGCUUGUUCAAUUCGUCGCCUGUACGUCCUGCACCGGUUCUGCACUCUGCUCAGAGAUUCGGACAGCAUUGAAUAACAUUGGCGUGGACGAGGCCAAUUGCCGAGCGCAGGGAUACGAUGGAGCUGGAGCCAUGGCCGGCUACCUCAACGGAUGCCAGAAGCUCUUCAGGGAUCAGGUGCCGCUUGCCCACUAUUUCCACUGCAGCAGCCACCAACUCAACUAA